AACAUUUUGGCGAAAAUCCUACUAAAAUCGGUACCGCCGUUUCAAAGAUAAUCAAUGUUGAACCUCUGCAUUUGCACCUGUGAAAACGAUCGAUAAUCCUUGAUAAUGUCACUUCCGGUUUAAAUGCAAUCAAGUUCAGUGACGUCACAAGUGUGUCUCGCUUCCAUCAAGUGAUAGGCGGAUAAUGUCAGAAAGCGUUGUUUCGGCUAAUUCUGAUUGUUCCUUAGAGGAAGAAUUGUUAGAACUUUCUUGUGGAUCAUCAAGUUUUGAUGAGGAUUCAUUGCUGUGCAAUAAUACAGAAAAUGUGGGAGUAGAACCCUUUCGUUUUGAGCCCUACGUUAGUGAACCCUCAGACGAAGAAGAAUCUACCACUAACGAUGCGGGACUCGAGGAAGCAAACCGUUUGCAUACUAUUGAUUGGUGCAAGUGUGGAAAUUGUUCUGUAAUGCCCACUGCCCAGGAAUCUGUCUGCUGCCAUGAGGUGGAAAAUAUUAAGUCCAUUUUUGAGGAAGACCAAGGCAUUACCUGUAUAACUAGCCACCCUGGAUUUGCACCAGCCUGUUUAAACAAAUAUGUCCUCCAAAUAGCGUAUUACCAAUAUAAACAGCAGUAUGGGGAAAAUAUUGAAGAUUCUUCAGAAAAAUACAGAUAUACAGCCUAUAGACAAUUAGCAAGGUGGGCGUGGGGGUAUCUUGGAAAAAAGAUCCGAGUUGUUUUACCAUCAUGUGCUGUGAAUUGUAUCCGAAACACUUUUCCAACUAAUUCUGAAAAUUACACUGGAUUUAAACAACAAUAA